CUGGCAAUGACAAGACAACAGCGAUUCCAGAAACACUGUCAACUCAGGACAGAGAAACUGUGUCGUUUUUCACGACUAAUUAGGGCUCGUGUUCUCACCGGCUAUUUCCGGUAACCUUUCUUACCAUUUGGUUUGGAUAGAGAAGCUAAUAUGUUGGCUCCCUAUAAAUACUAACUCUGCACGCAAGAAGACUUUUUCUUUUCCUUCUUUUCUCUCUCUUCGUGUUUUCUCCGACCAUCUUACCGGCGAUAUCGCCGGCGACUGUUUUAGCCGGAGGACCGCCCUCUCCUCCUUUUCCGCCUCUAUAAGGGGUGAAAAGGUGUCGUGGAUUCCACGUUGAGGUAGGUGAUUCAGUACAAGUUUCUUAUUUGUUGCAUCAAAGGGUUGGAGGAGAAAUGGAUGGGCAUAGAGAGAUGAUCGGACUUAGAAAUGUGAGUUCACAUUGCUCCAUCUCUGAAAUGGAUGACUAUGAUCUCUCCCGUCUCCUCGACAAGCCAAAACUCAACAUUGAGAGGCAGAGAUCAUUCGAUGAGAGGUCUCUCAGUGAGCUCUCAAUUGGGUUGUCAAAAGCUGGCCUAGAUAGUUAUGAGAACAUAUAUUCUCCUGGCGGCCGGUCUGGAUUAGACACUCCAGUCUCAUCGACUCGCAACUCAUUUGAGCCCCACCCGAUGGUUGCUGAGGCAUGGGAGGCGCUCAGACGCUCUUUGGUGUAUUUUAGGGGUCAACCUGUUGGGACCAUUGCUGCUUAUGACCAUGCCUCGGAGGAGGUUUUGAACUAUGAUCAGGUUUUUGUACGAGAUUUUGUACCCAGCGCUUUGGCCUUUCUGAUGAAUGGUGAGCCCGACAUAGUUAAGAACUUCCUUCUGAAAACGCUGCAACUUCAGGGGUGGGAGAAAAGAAUAGACCGUUUCAAGCUAGGAGAAGGUGCAAUGCCUGCAAGCUUCAAAGUUCUUCAUGAUCCUGUUCGCAAGACAGAUACCAUAGUAGCAGAUUUUGGCGAGAGUGCAAUUGGAAGAGUUGCUCCUGUUGACUCUGGAUUUUGGUGGAUCAUUCUGCUCCGUGCAUAUACAAAAUCGACUGGGGAUUUGUCUUUAGCAGAGACACCUGAGUGUCAAAAGGGGAUGAGACUUAUAUUGGCUCUAUGUCUUUCAGAGGGUUUUGAUACAUUCCCAACCCUGCUUUGUGCCGAUGGGUGCUCUAUGAUUGAUCGCAGAAUGGGUAUUUACGGUUAUCCCAUUGAAAUUCAAGCGCUCUUCUUCAUGGCAUUGCGAUGUGCUUUGGCUAUGUUGAAACAUGAUGCCGAAGGGAAAGAGUUUGUUGAAAGAAUUGUGAAACGUUUGCAUGCCUUGAGUUAUCACAUGCGAGGUUACUUUUGGCUUGAUUUCCAACAGCUAAACGACAUUUACAGAUAUAAAACUGAGGAGUACUCGCACACUGCAGUAAAUAAGUUCAAUGUUAUACCUGAUUCAAUCCCAGAAUGGGUCUUUGAUUUUAUGCCAACGCGUGGUGGCUAUUUUAUUGGCAAUGUUAGUCCUGCGAGAAUGGAUUUUCGCUGGUUUGCUUUGGGUAACUGUGUAGCAAUUCUAUCAUCCCUUGCAACUCCAGACCAAGCAGCAGCCAUAAUGGAUCUCAUAGAAGCACGCUGGGAAGAGCUGGUUGGAGAAAUGCCUCUAAAAAUAUGUUAUCCUGCAAUAGAAAGUCAUGAAUGGAGAAUUGUAACUGGUUGUGAUCCCAAGAAUACAAGAUGGAGUUACCAUAAUGGAGGAUCUUGGCCAGUGCUCUUGUGGUUGCUAACUGCUGCAUGCAUCAAAACUGGACGGCCACAACUUGCAAGACGAUUGAUCGAUCUAGCUGAGACCCGCCUACUAAAAGAUGGUUGGCCAGAGUACUAUGAUGGAAAACUUGGGAGAUACAUUGGUAAACAGGCAAGAAAGCAUCAGACAUGGUCAAUUGCCGGAUAUUUGGUGGCCAAGAUGAUGUUGGAGGAUCCCUCUCACUUGGGCAUGAUUUCCUUGGAAGAGGACAAGCAAAUGAAGCCGGUCAUGAAGAGAUCAUCUUCUUGGACUUGCUGAUGGGGAAUAAAAUGGAUACGGACAAAGGAAAGCCGAAGGGAAAUUCUGGGAACCGACUUAAAACCAUUCUUUGGUCCUCCUUUUAGGUUUCUGUGGAAGUUUGAUUUGUGUACCAUAUCAUCUGCAAGGACUAGCUUCUUGGUUUUCAAAUAAAAGACACCAUUUAGUUGUUUAUGCUGAAAGAGACUUUAUUUUGUUGACUUUUGUGGCUGUGAACAUUGUAGCAUGAUUUCUGUUCAGUGUGAAGGACGGUUCUAAUGGGAAAAAUUUCCAUGCAAAUACAAACUGUUUUUUUCCCCA